ACGGCCAGUCAUACAGUCGCGUUCGCUGCAGCCGCUAACACUUUGUCGCUGUUCCUUGCAUAUCGUCACUCAGUCGCCUUUUUUUUUUUUUUUUUGAACCACCGUCGUCAGACACGAUAAAAAGUUGCUAUUCUUCAAAUAUAAUUGUAAAACUAAAUUCUUGGCCAUGGAUACAUUUUGAUAUUAGUGUAUUUCUGUGGUCUUAAAUCAGCACAAGAUUCACCCCGGAAACGUGUAUACUUUGCCAAUUAAAUGGGUAACGCCGGUGCAACGAGAAGGGGAUCGAUAUUCUCUAAGCAAGAUUCCACGGGCGAUGAAGGUUCAACUAGACACAAUAAGCGGCUGUCAAGCAGACAAAAUACUCUUUUAGAAGAAGAGGAGUUUCCGCCUGAACCACCAGCUUCUCCGCCCCCAGAACCAUUAACCAUGCGGCAGAAGGAGUUGUUAACUGAAACAUGGAAGCUGCUAGAGGAGGAUAUCGCAAAAGUUGGUGUCAUCACGUUUGUAAGUCUCUUUGAAACACAUCCGGACGUCCAACAAUCAUUUAUGCCGUUCAAAGGAGUAGAUCUUGAAGACCUAAAACACAGUAGACAACUAAGAGAUCAUGCAUUAAGAGUUAUGGCAUUCGUACAAAAAGCUGUCGCACGUCUAUACGAGCCUGAUAAACUGGAAACUCUGUUAAGAGACUUGGGCAAGAAGCACUAUCAUUAUGGCGCCAAACAAAAAUACGUUGACUUGAUAGGCCCGCAAUUCAUUUUGGCUAUACAACCAUCGCUGGUCGACCAAUGGUCACAGGAGACGCAUUCAGCGUGGACAGCAUUAUUCUUAAAUAUGGCAUACAUCAUGAAAGGUUCAAUGGCGGCCGAAGAAAGAUUCAAAGUGAAGAAAACUGCCACCUAAAAGCCAAUUUCUUUCCAUACACCAAUUAUUUUAUAGUUAUUUUUAUUUUUGUUAUUAUUAUUAUUAUGAUUAUUCAUAUUACUUCUAUGAUUACUAUG